UUUACUCUUUUAUAAGACUAAACGUGCUAUAGAUAUUCAAAGUAGAUCCCGUACUGGCUAAUUCAAUGUCGUAAUAGUCUCAGUCUCAAUUAGUUAUUGGCAGGCUGGACUAGGAACUAUAAUAUUAACAAGGGAAAGGUCUAUCCUAUUGACUAGGACUAGCUGACAAUAGAUAAUGGACUAUUAAUGUAUUUAGUAUAGAAAGCUGUAUGUGGACUAGGACAGUUAAAUUCCGUAUCAUAUAUAUAUGACCAAUGAUUGACGGUAUGAAAAUCUGAACUCUCAUAUACCGAAGUUUCACAUAAAAAUCCUCCAAGUCGAUCUUCUUUAUCGGGGUAUAAACGAUUUAAGUAAUAUACGGUCUCCAACAAUCAAAACGAUGCUUAAGGGAAAAACGACAACACAUAGUUGCCACUGUCAACAUGUAACAGGCGCAGUUCAACGAUUCGAAAAUAAGCAAUAUUAUGUGGACCAAGAAAAAGAGUAUACGUUGGAUAAUAGUAUAAUAGAGUGUUUUAAACUGAACAUGUCAUUGAUCACAAUUGGCACCAUCAAGGAGGAGGAGGCAAUAAAUAAACUGUUAUUAAAUAAAACAAAUUUUCCAGAUGUACCGCAAUUAUGGAUUGGUGGCCUUAUAAUACCAGGAACACGUACUGCCAUUUGGAUUCAUACAGGUAGACUAUUCGAAAGCUGGUAUCGUGGAAAUCCAGAUUAUACAUUUAAUUGUAUUUUUAUUGGCUAUAAAUCUAAAACUCAAUGGACUGAUGGUACUUGUACGAAUAAACGUGGAUUCAUAUGUGAAUAUCCGAGCGAGUUAAAACUACAAGAAGAUCAUGAAAAGCUUAAAGAGGAAUUUCAAAUACAAAUGGAAAAAAUCGUACAUUUACAGGAUGAAUUAAAUAAAGAAAAACAAUUAUCCGUAACUCUUAAGCAACAGUUAGAAGCUAAGACAACUCAAGAGGCUGACAAUCCAGCCUUAGAAUCACCAAGCUCACAACAAGAACCAGCUCAAUCAUUACCAACUGCUGAGGCGAAUUCACUGGAAGUGCCAAAUAAUGAAACGCAGGAAUAUCGAUCACAAUUUUUAUUUUCACACGUUUAUAAUGCAUUUUUUAUGCCUAACAUAAAUUAAAGUUAAAAUUUUUGUUUAAAUAAAUU